GCUAAGGAAACAGAAAGAGAAUGGAAAUGAAACUUCGAAGCAAAUAUUGAAAAGCCUGCUUCAAUUCAGCCUAACAGCUAUAUAUUUGGCUCGGAAGUUUGAAAUUGGAGUUUCUUUUCUUCUCCUGUAUUUUCUCAGCGGCCAAACGGAGUUUGGGGUUUAUAUUUAAUAGUUUAGGGGUUAUUGUGUCCAAUACUUCCGUUUGUAUAGAUGGAACAUUCUCUCUCCUUGCUUACAUUUAAAGGUUCUAUUACUGAAGCAAUUAUAGAAGCCAAAAGGCAGAAGAAACUCUUUGUCGUCUAUAUUUCAGGUGAAGAUGCGGAGUCUAGUUGUUUGGAAGAAUCCACAUGGACUAAUUCAAAUGUGGCAGAGUCUCUAUCAAAGUAUUGUAUUCUAUUGCAUAUCCCUGGAGGGAGCACUGAUGCUGCACACUUUUCUGCAUUAUACCCACAGAAAUCUGUUCCUUGUAUUACAGCUAUAGGAUUUAAUGGUGUACAAGUUUGGCAAAAUGACGGAUUUGUCAGUGCUGAAGAUCUGGCAUCCAGUUUAGAAAAGGCAUGGUUGAGUCUGCAUAUCCAGGAAACAACUGCAACUUUCCUAACUGCGGCACUUGCUUCAAGGAAUUCUGGAGCAUCCACUUCUAGUUCUAAUGCUGCCUCAUCUAAUGAACAAAGUUCUUCAAGUACAGUUGUUCCAUCGCCUUCAACUGACAAGCAUGUCCAGUAUGAAGAGGCUAAGCCAGCGGUAACCUCUGACGUAACCGAGGAAAAGAAAGGUCAUGAAUGCAAAGUUGAGGAGAAAGAUACUGAAAUGAAUGAGAAGACAUCUUCAAGAUCAUAUGACACCAGCAAGUCAAAGAGUGUUGUGGAUGAACAGCCCACCUCAUCCACUAAGGUACAUAAAGGAUCAGUUGGUCCUUUAGUGGCUGACAUAGAAAACUCUAGAGCUGAUCAUAACUCUUCCAGUGCUGAAGAUGGUUGUCCUGCUCCAGAAAAAAUCAGUGGUCAUCAUUCAGCUGCUCCUGGAGGAGGUGAACAAUUGGUUGGUAUUGAAGUAAAGGAAGCUGAGCAAGAUGAAAAGGCUGAAGCUGUAAACCAUAUGCAGGCUUAUGCAUCGGAUGGUUCUGUAAGAGAUAAUAUGCCAAGUGAUGUCCAUUUAAAUAUACGAUUGCCUGCUGGUUCUAGCCUACAAGAGAAGUUUUCUGUGACAAGCACUUUGAGAAUGGUGAAAGACUAUGUUGAUGGAAACCUACCAAGUGGCUUUGGCACUUAUGAUCUAGCCAUUCCUUAUCCCCGCAAAAUAUUCAGUAGUCAAGAUUUGAGCAAAUCAUUGUCAGAGUUGGGCCUGUUUAAUAGACAAACGCUGAUAGUGGUUCCACAUCAAAGAGGUGCGGGUAAUUACAGAGGAGCAUCUUCAUCCUCUGAUCAAACAGAUACUAACGUUGAUUCUUUAGAUGGAACUAAUGGGGGAUAUUUUACAUAUGUGAGGAGGAUUUUAUCUUACAUGAAUCCUUUCUCUUAUCUCGGUGGUGGUGCCAGCUCAUCAAGCUCUGAACAGGAAUCUCAAAAUGGCAUAUGGCAAUAUGGUCCAAAUCCUACACUUCAGAACAACAUGGCUGGAAGAGAGAGGCCCCAGUCCCACGACUCUUCAAACCAAAGCACCUCUGCAACUGGAAGAGACGAUGGCAAGAAGAAGCAACCAACGACAUCCCGUUUUGGGAGCAAUAUUCAUACUCUAAAGCAUGAUGAAGAGGAUGACCGGUUCAACGACAGAAAUGCCUUCUGGAAUGGUAAUUCUACACAAUAUGGUGGCAACAACGAUGGCAAAUGAGGCCUUAAGGCUUACCCCUCCUGCAACGGUUUGAGUUUUUUCUUUGCAUUUGAGUCGCCAGCUUCAUUGCCUGUUCACCUAAACUAUUAAACUAAAAAACUUGAGUUUACUUUCAAUAUAGAAGAUUAUAGAUAUCACCUACUAAUAAGGGGCUAAAUUUUUAGCAUCUUGUGUUGGAUUUAAUCUUGUGACUUUGCCGUGUUGUGUGUAGUAGCUCUUUUCUGCCCAUAUAGGAAGAAUAAGCCCAAUGAUGUAAUUGAAAUGCAUCUUUCUAGCGCCACAUUUGUAUAUAAUUGUAUUAUUCAGAAGAGUAAUGCUAAAAACCACACCGUACUCUUGAAGCCUCAUAA